CAACAAAAACGAAACAAAACAGUGCAGCAGGUUCACAAAGCAAACAAGCCAAGCGAGGCGGAUGGUGUGGGAGUCAAAGGGCUGUGCAUCUUUUUGCUGGAAUAUCUCGAUUCACCGCGAAAUGGCGAGGGAUCAGCGGGAGGCGGGCAAACCUUGCGGCUGGAAUUAGCCUGCGAGCAAGUCGACUAUAAUGACUACAGAGGAUUUGGCAGGCAAACCGCACAAAGUGUGGAGCUGUGACAGACAAACCAGAAAGAGUGUCGUCGCAUCGUCUCUGGAUGAACUCCGAACAAAAGGAGCUGCCAAGUUAGGAUACAACAACCCGUUCGACUUGAAGGUCGUGCUCGAAACAGAUGGCACCGAAGUGGAAGAUGAAAACUAUUUUCAGCGAGCUGAAAGGGACACGAUAUUCCUAAUGCUCCAGCCAAACGAAAAGUGGCUACCACCCGGAGUCGAGGCCCUCAGGGCAGCCAUCACAGCAAUACCACGCAUCGUGUGCGACGCCAUUGCCAGCCUGGAACUGAUGGACCUGCAGCCCUCGUGGAAGAUCAUGGACAACAAAGGGCGUGUUACAGUCGUACUCCACUGGGACCAGCACGAAAAGUGCCAAGGGCGCCGCGUACCCGGCUCCGAGCCUGGUGGGGUGCUCCGCGUAGAAGUCUCCUCACAGGAGGCGCAAGCUGCCGGAGCCAUGGACGCAGGCACCGUCGGCACUAUUCCGCGGACUCGGCUGACGCUAGAAGGCUUGGGACCCCGGCCCGAGACGCGCACACUGCCUCCUCGGACGGCGUCACGCGACUCGACGACGGCUGCCGCCCCCUCCUCGAAUGGCAACAACGAGACGGGAAGCCCCGACCACAACCACGCGGAGUGUGACUUUCACUGCGCUGCGCUGCACGGGUCGCACCAGAUCCAGGUGAACAAAUCGGUGGCGACGUCGCCCAUUCAGGAAUUUCCUCCGCGUGGAGGCCCGUUCCCUGGCACCUCGGGCAUGCAGAGGAUGGCGCCACCACAGCAGCCGUCUACGUCGGGUGGCAAGGGCCAGCACGUUCGCUUUCUGGAGGUGACGGAAGAGGCACGGAUCCCCGCCGUUGACGAAUCGGAGUCAGACACAGAGAACACUGCUUGCGAGGAAGAGCAGCUAACGGAGCGUUACCUGCUCCUGGUAGACCAGCUCUCGCUAGAACAAGACCGGCACCUCACCAUCCGGGACAUUGGCGUCAUCCUCGAGAGGCUUGGGUCGCGCAUCGUCGACGUGGACCGGCUAGAGCGUGAGCGGGAGAGUGCAGACGUUCACAAUUGGACUAUCAAGGCGACGCUGCGCGGCGAGGUGCUCAGGGAAAUCGGAGUCAUCUACAACGGACAGUAUUAUGGCAUUAUGGAACACCCCGGGUACUUUUGAUAAGAGGUGUCAGUGCUUUUUGGUGUGUUUCCUUUCCUUUCUCUUUUUCGGCUCACGUAGAGGCCAUAUGCCAAAGAAUUGCCACUGCCACUUUUUGGGGGCACGGGAGAAGCCUUGCUUGCCCGGUUAAAUGGUGGUGCUAAAAAUCACUGCUCCCUUCGACAUGCCAGCCAACACCGUGGCAUUGUAUCGGGUUGCAGCAAUGCACCACUAGCUCCUUUGAUGGGUCACGUAAGCACAACUAGGUCAACAUAUGUAGUAGCAAGUGCCACCAGUGUUUAACAUCCCCCCAUACUUUUCCUACUCUGGAUUGAAGUGUCGGCUCACAUUUGAGUGAUGUUAUUCCUGCUCACCACGCUGUAUCUUCUGUGUUUUUUGCUUGGUACCUAAAAGCUUUCUAGAGGCUAUGAAAACGGGGUAGUAUGCCUUUUCUCAUUCAAGAGGGAGCCCUCGGUCUUGUUCAGUCCUAUUUUUCUAUGCACGUUUACAUUGCCCAUUCUGUAAACCCGAUCUGUCUUCGUGGGCCCCUUGUUUCCUUUUGCUUGGUGCUAACAUCAGCCCUCCUUGUGGCUUCUUUUUUUUUUUUUUUUUUUUUUUCGAAGGCUGUUUCACUUCAUCUCAUCAGUGGCGGCAGGCCGCCUCUUUGCCCGACCCGUGGACUGCAUGAACUGACCCUCUCACAACACCCGGCCCUCGGAGGGCUUUUAAGUGGUUUAGGAUCCAGGCCUUGCACUUUCCCUGCUCAAGACACUUUUUCUGCAGUCUCCUUUCGCCGCAGCAACUUUUUCGGGCAACCCCCGUUCUCCGAGCAUGGCACCACACUGACCCCUCCCCCAUUUCCUCCUCCCGACCGGUAUGCAGUGUUUGUUGCCCGACGGCUUUGUUUGUCACGUUCAGUGUCCGCCUGUGGUGGGUGCGUCUCUUUUCCGUUUACCUUCUCUUUGAGUGCUCUGGACUUUGUGCCGACUCACUGCCACUGCCUCGGAACAUAUUGAUGGGAGGCGUUGCUCCUAUUUCGUCGGCUCGUUCCUCUGACCGCCUCAGCAAAGUCUCCGCUGGCUUUGCCUGACUGGUGCGGCUUGCCGGACUGUUUGCGUUUGCAGGCAUAGCCACCUGUCGUUUCCUUGCGUAACAUUCCUUCUCAAUUCCUUUUGUACUGUGCCCAUUGUGGCCGAGCUGACGUCUUGACAAAGGCUAGCACUUUCAAUGCAUGAAUUAAUUGUACAUAUGUGUGUGUGUGCGUGUUUGUAUAUAUGUGUGUGUAUACGAGGAAAAAAAAAAGAAGACAAAUGAUGAACAUCACCUUUUGGACAGUACAACAUUUUCACUGUUAACAACAAACAUUUUACAAUUCUUGGAGGUUUAUCGCAAAAGCCUUCAAGUCGAUGUUUGCCUGUCAAUUCUUGGAUGUUGCUGUUUGAUGAAACUUGGUUGGAUGCAGGCAUCGUGUUAUAAACUUAUGUUUCUUUGCAAGCAUGCCACUCAUGGGAGGUCAGUCUUAGUGGAGAAUUACUUUUAAGUCUUCACGUUGCGCAUUACUUAUAGUCCAGGUUACUUGUCAACUAAUUUUACACAGUAGAACAUUCUACAUUUGUCCCAGCUUGGCAUGCUGUUGUGAUAUUUUUGUUUGCUAAUUUCAGUCAUUCCUAUUCUUGGCUUUAAAUUAUUUCCAACCUGUUGUUGCAUGUGUGUCGACCAAGGUGUCAGUGCUCAAACCGGUGGUGUUAGGAGAGUGCGCUAGCGCGCAUGGACACACACACACACAGACGUUACACACUUUGCUGGCUCUUCACAGUUUUUGCGAGAACCUAAUCAUCGAGCAGACUUUUUUUUUUUUUUUUUUAAUGCUGUCAUCUUGCACGUAAGUUGUUUCCUGGCCAUCUCUGUCCGAGAUCCGUGGCGUUGUUGAUCGAAAGUUACAUUGAUUGUUGCAGAGUUGUCGAAUAAGCAAAGUGGAAGAUGUAUGCAGAAGUUUCCUAAAAAAAAAAAAGACAAGGGACUCUCAUUUAUUGUUUAUUUUUUUGUAUUAUUAUUAUUAUUCUCAUCACGCGUGUUAGUAGACGUUGACAUGCUGGCUGCAAAGACUUUUUCAAAGUGGGAGAACACUCGGUCAUCCCCGCUGAUGAGAUUGCGAGCUUUUUGGGUGAGCUCAUAGAUGGCGCUCUAGGCCUCAUCCCCUCCCCCACCAACCUCCUUUCCAAAAGCCUUGCAUCUCUCUACGCGGAGAGCAGAAACGUGAGAGUCGUACGUAGUGUGUAGGUGUGUCUAGGAACUGCUGCCCCCCAUUUAUUCUUGACCUCUCUUCACCUUCCCACUUAGCUGCCAAAAUGGAAGUAUAAGCCCGUUCCCUUUAUAAGCUACUUUCAACACCCCCAUUGUUGGAACUGCCAUUAAGAGUUAAGAAAAAAAAAUGCUAAGUAAUUAUUGCCAUAGUUUUGUAAUGUACAUAGGAGACAAAAGAAAAAAAAACGAUAUAUAUAUAUAUAUAUAUAACUGAUAUCUAACAAAUCUACAAGUUAUACAUGUACAUAUACUAUACAUGCACUGUGGGAAGUAACCCAUUUCCUUCUGCUACAAGCCUCUAUGUACCCAAGGGCCACCCUGUUCUCCACUCCUUUGCCACCACUUAUGCAGACAUGACGACGAGGGAGGCAGAAAAUCUUGGCAUUUUCAAGUAUUCUUUAGGUCUUCCGUCGGGGGCAGUCUUCUUCAAUCUGCCGUUGUGUUUUUCACCGUCAGGGUACGAUGACGGAGCUAAGUUUGAUAGUAGGUCGGUAAUGAACCCGUGGGUGUUAUAGCAGAUGGGGAUGGUUACUGGUUCUAAACCCUGUCGCCUUUCGUACGCGCGAGCCAGCGAACCAGUGCUGCAUUUUCCCCUUCCCCCCAUUUUGCUCCUCCUCACUUCCUCCACAGUUUAAACUCGUUGCCUGUUGGUUUGUUCGCGUUGGAGGCUUCGGUGAAAUUGAAGUUAUUGAGUGUGACCGGGGGAAUGCUUUCGGACUUGCCAUGAGGAAAAAAAAAAAGUUUGGGCCAAGAGAGAGCACGCAUCCUGCAGGGAGUUUCAUGAAAGGCGUGAUUUGUGGCUGCUUCUCUUAUUUAUUUUUUUCUUUUUUCGAUGUCAUGUCGUGAGCAACUUGGGGUAACUAGACAGGUGAAAGAGUUUGCUUCCAAAAUGUAUUUCAAGAAAGAUGCAUGUUUUGAGUGACAGGGUACAUAUGUUGACUUUUAUGAUGCACUUUUGCUUUGAUUUGUUUGUUUAUUUUUUGUGUAUGUGACGCUACAAUUUCUGGUGGUGACACAUGUGGUCUAGACGUUCAACGUUCAUGUUAGCUGACUGCAAGCCCAAAUUGCAAGUUAUAGAUAAGGAAAUAUGUCGCUUCAUUUGGAACUUGUUAUUUCACUGCGCUUUACUAUUGGGGGAUCAAAAUAAAGCAACAGGUCCAACAAUAUUUUGUUUAACCAAAGCUAGCUUUAUGUAGUGUACACUUUAUUACACCGUUGUGUUCUCUGAGGCCAGUGAUCAUUUCAGUGCAUGGUCUGAGAAAGGGGGAGAUUUAGCUUAGCUUCAGAAUCAGCGGCAAUCGUUUUCUUCCUCGUAUUUCUGACUGAAACAUUGCUGUAAGCACUAUUGUGGUAUUCAAUGUGAUUAACUUGCAGAUCCAGUCGCAAUCAGACGCUCUAAAACUCAGCAUCUCAUUUAUCUUGCUGCAAGGUUUAGGUGGUAUCUUGUGAAAGUACAGUAGGCCACAGUUGAUGCAUAUUUUUUAGGACGAUAGAAGGAAAUAUACAGUUGAACUUCGAUACAACAAAUUAUUGGAUGUAACGAAGUAAAUACAUGUGUCUCUCCAAUAUAAGGGUGUAAGGAAUAUAUGCUUAUAUUGGAUAUAACAAAGGCACUUUCAUGUCAGAUGUGACUUUGUUUUAAUGAGGUUCAACUGUAUAAAUAAUGGCUGCAUGAACAUGGGAGUCUUAGGGCAUUUUACAAUGACUGAGUUAUUACAAUGUAGCAACCACGAAAUCAUUAUAGCCAAGGAUGCAUCAAAGCAAUUUUACUUUACAAUGUUGAAGGUGACUCAAUACAGCUACAUAGCCCAUGCAUUAAAAUUUUUCAGCUAGUCCUGUUCUAGCUUUAUAGCUAUUGCAGGAUGUUGUUAAUCUUAAAGGAGGCUGAGUGACACCUGUGUGUAAAGCCUAGUCUGUCUGUCAACUUUACACUCGCAGGUCAACCAAGUCUUGUCAUUCUUUUCAAAAGUUGUUCGGUGCAUGCACGUUUGAGCUCAAGCACUCUGUUACUGCUGAGCUGUUUUGUUAUGACUGGUCAAGUCUUGAGCUAAUUACCUGCAUUGCUCGCGGUUAUGGCUGUAGUGCAGUAUGCUCAUUUGCUCACUUCGUUAAUGUUUGUAUUAGUGGAAAUAGAUAUCACAAGGACGCGAGCAGUCUCCAGAACUUGUUGCUGUACCAUUUGCUAGCGUCUUGCGCAGUCUCAAGACAAUGGGGCUUAUGACACUUGUCUAAAGAGAUGAAUUCACUAAGAGCAAAUCCUGGCUGCGUCGUGUCAUGGCCAUGCAACUGCUGGCACUAGAAAGCUCUGAAAAGUGAGGAUGACUUUUCGUCUUCCUCUUCAGAACUUUUGAGUUGUCUUAAUACAACUGCAGGCCUGUCAGACGUCAUGGCUUGUCAUGUGCAUAGUAGUGACGUCGUUUCUUUUGGUGAGGACGGUACGUGUGCUUGCAGGCAUACGUGUUCUCCUGUCCUUCAAAAAUGUCAUAGUUGCCUCAAAAUAUGAUGCAGUGUGCUCUUUGGUAGUCACCGUAGUCACUUUUGUGGAAAUAUCGCACAGUUACCGUAGGCGUCACCUGCCUAGCAGACACCAGUUAUCAUGCCAUCUACUGGAGCGGCACAUCAAGCGAGAUUCCGAGGCAAGCGUUGUGCUGUAAAAGGCAGGAGAAUGCACCUGCCUGCAAGCAUGUUGCGAAAUAUGCACCCCUUUGGCUGUAAAGAAAGCAGGCAGGUCUACAUCAGGUGGAUGGAGCAGCAGUAGCAAUGGCAUACUGCUGCUUGUCCACUCCGAAGUUUGUAUUGGCAGCUACUCUUUUGCGAUAAGGCGUUCUCAUUUUUAGUCGGGCCUAAACUUUCGCAGCUGUGACAUUAACAUAGAUUCUUGAGGCACUGGGCCUUCGUAUGGGAGAAACAAAUUUUUUCUUUGACUUGUCGCUCUCAUUUUGUUUCAACAGCUGUCAUAUGCUGCAGCGUAGAAGGUUGAAGCUACAUUUAUUACGUCUAAUUGUAAAAUGAGCUUCUUCUCUCUUUUUCACGUGCUUGCACACCAGACAGACACUAUUUAUUACUUAAGAUAGUAAUACUUAACUUCAUUUUUAAGAGCAUGUUAUUCCAGUUAACAAAGAUGCUGCCAAGUGCCGCAUCACAACUUAAAAAGUUCUUUGUAUACUAGGGUUACAUUGAAAGCA